GGUGCACGUGUACCAAGAAGUAUGUGGGAUUGUACGACAUAAUUUACAAUCACGCAGUGUCAAGGUCUAAACUGACCACGGAUUAUAGUCUCUGUCGUGGCUGAAAAACGAUAUUAUAUAUUCUCCUAGGAAUAAAUAAGUUCGUCAAAUAAUUACGUAAUCGUUUGAUCUUGGUCUUUGACCCUCGUUCUAACCUGUCCAUGUGCCAUCUUAGCAAGUAAAACGCGGACGUUAUUUAACAUAAAUUAUUGUAAUAUUGGCAAAACACCUGUAAUAUUGAUCUGUAACGCUGCCAACUCGCCUAGAACGUUACAUGCGUCGGUAAAAGGACGCCAGUUGACGUCGCUAAAUCGCGAGAAUGAAGGAAGAGUGAGUAGUGCAACGAUGUCGAACGGUGAGCGAUGACACGCCCGUGAAAAACGAUAACAACAGCUAUCCUUUGAUUGACCAGAGACGAUAGAGAAAACGCAAUACGUGAAGGACCCUCUUUGUGUAUUCGUGUGACAUUCAUUGAGAAAAACAUGCUUCAGCCAAGAGCUACGUACAUCAGACGGUAAAGAAGAAAAAGGGAAUGGCUAAUUUGAUGGUAUCUACGUCGAGUAAGAAUAGUUCACGCAGUACUUCACCUAACAGAGGAAAUACACUGACCUCAUCACAACAAUUGUCUGCUACUUCGGAGCAUAUUCCAAAAGCACGUAAUGUUUCACUUUCCCAAACAGGGGAGGGUAGUACAGGCAGUGGAAGUAGUGGUGGUGGAGGCAGCCUCAGCAUGAAAGGUAGUAGGCAAAAAUCACCAGGAACUGUAAUUCGAGUAGAUGCUAUGGAUGAACCAAAUACCAAUUUAAUCACUGCUGAACAAGACGAGUUUGUGCCAAAUAUUCACAUACCAGCUGAUGAUGAAGGAGAACAAUAUCAUACAGCACAAUCGUUCCUAUCAAAUGGCUCCUCUGAAUUAAUGACUGAUGAUGUUGAUUCCAAUUCUGCUCGUGUUUGCCAAGCUAUUGAAAACAUCCAAAAUAAAAUUGCUAAAACGCGGGAACUUAUAAGAAUAGAACAAACCACACGUGAUGAAAAUGUUAAUGAAUAUUUGAAAUUAGCUGCCAAUGCAGAUAAGCAACAGCUUACACGAAUCAAAGCAGUAUUUGAAAAGAAAAAUCAAAAAUCAGCGCACAGUAUUUCUCAGCUACAAAAGAAAUUGGAUAGUUACACCAAAAAAUUAAAAAAUUACGAAUUAAAUGGUGCACCUACAAGUCACAGACAACCUAGAGAAGUGCUUCGUGAUAUGGGACAAGGACUUAAAAAUGUGGGUGGCAAUAUUAGGGUUGGAAUCAGUGGUUUUUCAGGAAGUGUAAUGUCCAAACCAAGAGAAUUUGCACAUCUAAUAAAAAACAAAUUUGGCAGUGCUGAUAAUAUAAAUACUUUAUCUCAUGGCUCGACUUUUUAUGUAAACGAUACACCGCGUGCAGGUAAUGGAGAUAACGCUAGUGUUGAAGAUGAAAAGGCUCAUCAUGGAUCAGCAACACUUCCUGGUGGAUGUAGUUUGGGAUCAACUCACAGUGCUGCAGCAAUGAAAUUUCCAUCUGAAGAAGGAUCAGAAUGCUCCAGUGUUACAAGUGAAAGUGGGCCUGGUAGUAGGGGACAAGCACAUACAUGUCACAGUAGCAAUAAUGCUGCACUUAGUCUCAAGUCUAUUUUCUCAGAAUUACAAGAACACAGAGAAAACCUGGAGAGAAUGAAAGACAAAUUAGAAGGUUUGAAGAGUUUGCAAACAGAAGUAACAUAUCUUUCCCAUGCUUUGCAAGAGGAACGUUUUAGAUGCGAACGUCUAGAAGAACAAAUUAAUGAUUUAACAGAACUGCACCAAAAUGAAGUGGAAAACUUGAAACAGACUAUAACAGACAUGGAAGAAAAAGUGCAAUAUCAAAGUGAAGAUCGUUUAAGAGAUAUACACGAAAUGUUGGAAAGUUGUCAAACUAAAAUUUGUAAAAUGGAACACCAACAACAACAACAUCAACAAUAUGUUACUUUAGAGGGUCUGGAUAAUAGUAAUGCAAGAGCAUUGGUCGUAAAGCUCAUAAAUGUAGUAUUGACAGUGUUACAAGUUAUUCUACUUCUUGUUGCAACAGGUGCUGGUAUAAUGAUGCCUUUUCUUAGGACCAGUUGUACUAAGCCUCAUUGUUUCAUGUGCAGGGUGCGCAUAUUAACUACUACGCUUGUUGUAUUGGGCAUAGUAUUUGUGCUCAAACAAUGGCCUGAGGUUCACGAUGUGGGCAGUCACCUCAUGCGCCGUCUUAAGCAGACGCUCGCCGUUAAGUAGCAUCGGUGGUAUACUUAAAUUUACCAUACCCUGUGAUGAAGAAAAGUUGUACACAAUGAUCAACAUUUUGGACCCAUUUAUCAGUGCUGUAGUUUUGGAGCAAUAAUAGUAGGUAUAUGCGCAAAUGACUUUAUUUAUAUUUUAAAUUUGAUCAUG